CCUUAGCAACAACACACAGCUGCGUCGAAUAAGAUACUCCUACCGCGGAGAAGACGGAUUAAACACUGCCGCUUUAUUGCACUGAGUACAGGUGAAGCUUUUCUGCGAAGGCGAUGCUCCGGUUGUUUUCGCAGUUAACAUGGGGCUUACAGUACAGCUAGCGAGCUAGCCUAUUCUGGCUAGCCAUCCCCAAAGACGAGCAAAGCGGCCCCAAGCUGUCCCGAAGGAAGACAAAAUCGUGGGGGUUCACCGAGUGGUAGCAUCGCGGCUUGCUAACUACAAAGUCAGCUAACCGGGAAUAAGCACGGGAAUGGUUCUCUGGACUCACUGUACCGACAGAGAAAGGCGAGGGGCACACGGGUCAGACCACCAAGCUGUAACAUUUGGACUCAAACUAUUUUUAACAGAGGGAUCGGCUCUCGGGCGGACGGGUGUUUUUGUGGCUGUGCGAGCUAGCUGGCUAGCUAGCUGAGGGAAACGACCCCCACCGCCUGCUCAGGUUUUUCCAAACUGCAGCCACGGCUAAUGUUAGCCAGCACGCUGAAUACACAACUCUGAGUUUAAUAAAGCAAUGAUAAAUUAAAGUUAAAGCCAAGAAGACAGCUAGCUAACCCCAAAGGAGACAAUAACUUGAGUUAGUUCUAGUAGGACUCUUGGAUUUAUUAGCAAACUCUACAGAUCCUCGACAAAGUCAUAAAUGCUGUUCGUUAAGUUUGCUACGUGAAUCUUUGUUUUCCACUUUUUUUAUUCGGGAUUUUUUCUUCACUUCGGAUGCUGGCAUCACAUUUUAAUUGCAAUCAUGAUGAUAAUAAGCAGAAAACCAGAGGGCCCAAUAGCAACAGCACGCCAUGGUGACGGUCUGUAUGACUCUUACAUGAGGACAGACCACAUCCUUAAAGACGACGCGGAUACAAACAGUCCGUCUGGGCUGCCCCCCAUGCCCAAACACACACUUGUCAGUAACAAGACUGUAAUGAGGGAUCAGGUAGCAGUGCGAGGUGGUCAUCUGAAGGUCAAGUACCUGUAUGAAGACUCCACCAACAACCGAAAGAUCAACGCCAUAACCACAGCAACCACCCAGAACAGCGGGACCACGGGUCAGACGCCCAUUAAACCUGCCCCGGUCUCCAGCCUGUCCAAGGAGCACAGCGUAGACAGCACUGAAUCCAGUAAAGGCUCCAGUGACUCAUCCGGCCCUCACGGAGUUGGAAGUGGAGGGAACAGUGCGAAGCUGUGCGGCCCCCUCACGCCUGACCAGGCUCUGAGACUGUACCGAUCUCAAUUGACCACCCUGGAGCAGACGGAGAUCCACUCAUACCCAGACAUCUACUUUGUGGGACCCAAUGCCAAAAAGAGGCCCGCCGUCGCUGGAGGCAACAACAACUGUGGCUACGACGAUGAGCAGGGUGGAUACAUUCAUGUCGCCCAUGACCACCUGGCUUACCGCUACGAGUUCCUCAAGAUCAUUGGUAAGGGUAGCUUUGGUCAGGUGGCUAAGGUAUACGACCACAAACUGCAACAGCACCUGGCUCUGAAAAUGGUGCGCAACGAGAAGCGUUUCCACCGGCAGGCGCAGGAGGAGAUCCGCAUCCUGGAGCACCUGCGCAAGCAGGAUCGAAACGGCACCAUGAAUGUUGUGCACAUGCUUGAAAACUUCACCUUCCGCAACCACAUCUGCAUGACCUUCGAGCUGCUGAGCAUGAACCUGUAUGAGCUUAUCAAGCGCAACAAGUUCCAGGGCUUCAGCCUGCCACUGGUCAGGAAGUUUGCACACUCCAUUUUGCAGUGCCUGGAGGCCCUGAGCAGGCAUAGAAUCAUCCACUGUGACCUCAAGCCGGAGAACAUCCUGCUUAAACAGCAGGGACGCAGCGGCAUCAAGGUGAUCGACUUUGGCUCCAGCUGUUUUGAACACCAGCGGGUGUACACAUACAUCCAGUCUCGUUUCUAUCGAGCUCCAGAGGUGAUCCUUGGUUCGCGUUACGGCCUUCCCAUCGACAUGUGGAGCUUCGGCUGUAUACUGGCUGAGCUGCUGACUGGCUACCCGCUGUUUCCCGGCGAGGACGAGGGUGACCAGCUGGCCUGUGUCAUGGAGCUGCUGGGCAUGCCUCCGCAGAAGGUCGUGGAGCAGGCAAAACGGGCAAAGAACUUCAUCAACUCCAAGGGCCACCCUCGCUACUGCGGAGCAAACACCCUGCCCACGGGCGCCACUGUGCUGACGGGGACUCGCUCUCGCCGCGGCAAGAUGCGAGGUCCCCCAGGUAGCAAGGAGUGGAGUGCUGCUCUCAAGGGCUGCGAGGACCCCACCUUUACUGACUUCAUAAAGAAGUGUUUGGACUGGGACCCCUCGUCACGUCUCACCCCUAGCCAGGCCCUCAGACACCCUUGGCUGUAUCGGCGCCUACCCAAGCCCCUACCAGGGGCCGAGAAGAGCCAAGGGGCCACGAUGAAACGGCUCCCCGAUCACCACAGCACCUCCUUCCCCUCUAUCCUGGCCAAAGGGGGGCCUGGUUUAGGCACCACAGCUGCUAACAACAAACUGCGGAGCAACAUGAUGGGAGAUUCAGGGGAGGCCUUACCUCUUCGCACGGUCCUACCCAAACUUGUCUCUUAGAGAGAGAGUCCUGUAAUCUCCUCUCUUCUUCCACUUUGUCCUCCUCUGCACUCCUCAGGAGGAGUCAGGGUACAGGAGAAAGUGGAGGCUAGGUUUUAAAACUCGUUUGGUUGUUCUUUUAUUUGUUUUCUACUGAGAGGUGUCGACACCCCAGUUUUUAAUAUUAGCUGAACGGAGAGAGAGACAAUAAAAGAAAGCUCUAAAAAAAAAGUUUUUAUACAGAGGAUUUCCUUGAGCGGCUGUGGAAUUUCUGUAGACAGCCAUUGGUGAGGUUUGAUUUUAAAUAAUGCUUUUUAAAAACGUACUCGUAUGAGUGGACGGCUUCGUAAAUGAGCAAAUGUUUUUAACCUGCGUGUGUUCUCACGUGACUGGUGUGUUUUAGUCUAAACACACUCGAGCACACCUGCACUGUCACUUGCCUCACUUCACACUCUUUCUUAACACUCAGAGGACGCCACUCCUUUCUCGGGAAAGGGUUUAUACGAGUGAAACUUGAAAAGGGCUACAGAGAUUAUUCUUAUCACACUAGAGUUAGCAAGCAAAUAUGUGUUCAGCCAACGUGAUUUAAUAGAAGAAAAGAAUCAUACGCUAAUGUUCGGGCCCCUGCACACACUGACACAAACAUCCCUCAAAUAUACAACAUGAAUGCCUUUUACACCGGUAGUGAAGGACUGGCAUUAUGUAGUGAAGAAUUAAGAAAGCAUUUGUUUUAGCAAUAAGUCUUCACUUCUUUGUCUUUUCUAAAUGCGUUCUUUUUCUACCUUUCCAGAUCCCCGGUGCUUGCAUGUCAGCUCAAUAUGUGACGUUAGUAUGUGUGUGUGUGUGCGCGCUUUAGCUUCGUGGUGCUACUGUGGGAGAGAUUGAGAGAGCGUCGGACAACCUAUUUACAGCCCCCAUCCUCCUCCCAACUCCCCCCGUUUUAAUGUAAAGAGGUCGGGUGGGGAGGACAGUAGCUCCACUCGAACUCAAACUGUCACAGAGGUGUCACCGUCACCCUCUGUACUUCACAAACUGAGCCUGCCACAUAAACUGGUGUGUGUGUGUGUGUGUGUGUGUGUAUAUAUAU